AUGUCGGCCGCGAGCCCGGUGAUCCUCGCCCCACGGGAGACGCCCUCAGACUCGACUGGGGUUGCGCUGAACUCGACAAACCAGAGCAUCAAGACCUUCGCCGCCUCGCUCUCGACCGCCGCCAUCGUCUUUGGCAUUCAGAUCCUCGCUUUUCUGAUACUGAGCGGUAAUUGGAAAAUACGGCGGUCCAAGGAAACAACCGAGAAGGCAGCAGCACGGCAGAGUUUUUACUACAAAACCUCCUUCGUCUCUAAGCGCAAGCGAAUAGCCGCCCCUACGACCGCCAUCGAAUCGUUCAAGAAUGUCUUCACCAUCAGCGACCGCGAGGUCAUUCGCGUUGCAGGCGUGGACGGCUACCUCUUCUUGCAGUACCUCCAGCUACUGCUUCGCAUCUUCGUACCUAUGGCCAUCGUGAUCCUGCCGAUUCUCCUGCCUAUAAACCGCAUCGGCGAUGUGCCGGGCGUAUCGGGCCUGGACUCGUUUGCCUGGCCGAACGUCAGCGUAACGUCCAAGCGUAGGCGACUCUGGGCCCACGCCGUCUUGGCCGUCUUGGUGGUCGUCUGGGUGUGCUACAACUUUUACAGGGCUCUGAGGAAAUUCGUGCGUCUAAGGCAGACCAUUCUCACCUUGCCAGAGCAUCGCAUUCGCGCUUCUGCUACCACCAUUCUGGUGCAGAGCAUCCCUCGAAAGUGGCUCACCGUUGCUGCACUCGAUGCUCUAUACGAUGUUUUCCCGGGCGGAAUCAAGGAGAUUUGGAUCAACCGCAACUACGACGAUCUAGCUGAGAAGGUCAAGAAGCGAACCAAGAUUGCACUAUCACUCGAAAACGCCGAAGUGAACCUCAUCAUUGAAUGCACCAAGAAGGACAAGAAAAUGGAAGAGAAAAAGGCAAAGCAAGAGGGCAAAAAGAAAAGUAAAAAGGAGAAGAAAGCCGAGGAAGACACGCAGAACGCGGUCAUCCAUCAUGAAACGCAAGAACACGGAGUGAGCGUUAACAACCCACAUCAAAUCGAGCAGACCCUCCAGGAAGUGUUGAAGGAGGACUCGUCGAGUUCUUCGUCUUCUUCUUCUUCGUCUUCUUCCCGGUCGUCUUCACCCGAACGCAGGCGCAAAAUCCUUCCUAUACCGAUCUUGGGCGAAGGCAUCCAGGCUGUCGGGGACGGCUUCCGUGAUGUUGGAAGAUUCGGUGGCAAGGUGGUCGGUGGUUUCACUGGUGGGAUCAAAGGCGCAUUCGGCAACAAACACGGCCACAACCGUGACAGGUCUCAUCCUGAGACGAUCACCUCUGAAAGCACUAGCUCACCCGUGACCGCUGAUUUUGAUGGGAGGGGGACAAGUUCCGAUACCUAUACCCCGUUGAAUGACCCAGCCAAAGUGAAGUUCGAUUCCGAUGGGACUGCGACCGAACCAAACUCUCCCGUCUCCACACAUGACAAGAAGCGCCCUCAUACGGCGGAGUCUACACUGGGUCCGCUUAAGGCGAUUAAUACCAUUAAGAACUCAAAGCUGAACCCAAUCCGGCGAUUGAGCGACUUUGCUAGUCCCCAGCCGUUCCGCGCCGAGGGAGAAGAAUUCCCGUUGGAAAUCCAGAAGACUGAGGACGUCAAUUAUGACUAUGCUGGCGUCUAUGAUCCGUCUUUCAUCGAAGAUGGCGAGGAGGCUCUCUGGAGAAAGUACAUCAAGCCAAAGGAUCGCGAAACGAUGCGUGUGCCUCUGUUCGACAAGUCUUGGUGGCCGUCAAUUCCUUUGAUCGGCAAGAAAGUUGACACAAUUUACUACUGCCGCAGAGAGCUGGCUCGAUUGAACCACGAAAUUGGCCUAGACCAAUCUAAUUUGGAACAGUUUCCUUUGAUGAACUCUGCCUUUAUUCAAUUCAAUCAUCAGGUUGCAGCACAUAUGGCCUGUCAGUCGCUCAGUCACCACAUUCCUCAACAGAUGAACCCCCGAACUGUCGAGGUCAAUCCCAAUGAAGUCAUCUGGGAUAACCUCACAUUGCCCUGGUGGUCACGCUACAUCCGGAUGUUGGUCAUCGUCGCAAUCAUUGUGACCUUGAUCAUCUUGUGGACGCCUUUGGUCGCCUUCACCGGAGGCCUCUCGAAAAUCUCGACUUUGACGGAUCAAGUAUCAUGGCUCGCGUGGAUAGAGAAACUGCCAGUAUGGCUCAUCAGUUUCAUCCAAGGUGUGUUGCCUCCCCUCAUUCUUGCUAUCUUAUUCGCCGUUCUACCCAUUAUCUUGCGUCUCAUGGCUGAGAUAACUGGUACAACUACAAUGGGCGAGAGAGAGCUGCUGGUUCAAAACUUCUACUUCGCAUUCGUGUUCGUCCAAUUGUUCCUAGUUGUGUCGAUCUCUUCAGGCAUCACAGGUAUUCUCGACUCUGCCCUCAAGGACCCGUCCAGCGCGGGCAAUACCAUUAUCAACAUCCCGCAGACGCUUGCUCAAGACCUUCCAAAAUCUGCCGAUUACUUCUUCUCGUACAUGAUUCUGCAGGCAUUCAGUAUCAGUUCGGGAACUUUGUUACAGAUCGCCGCAGUAGCACUCCUUCUGUUUAGUCGUUUCCUGGACACUACUCCUCGGCAGAAGGUCGCUCGGGUACUUAGCCGGCCAGGUAUUACCUGGGGAAACAUGAUUCCGGUUUAUACGAAUUUCGGCGCCAUUGGACUCAUCUAUGCCGUCAUCGCGCCGUUGCUGAUGGUUGUAUUGAUGAUCACAUUCAGUCUCUUCUGGUUCACCUACAGGUACCAGAUGAUCUACGUCUCGUACGCUAAAGCUGAAACCAAUGGCCUGAUCUUCCCGAAGGCGAUCAAUCAACUCUUCACUGGCUUGUACUUCCUCGAGAUUACCUUGAUCGGUCUUUUCUUCCUGCAACGGUUUGAAGGCGAACUCUCUUGCUUCCCACAGGCAAUCAUUAUGAUUAUCACUCUGGUGUUUACAGUCUUCUUUCAACUGCUUCUCAACCGCGCAUUCGGGCCUCUCUACACAUACCUCCCCAUUACUUUCGAAGACGAGGCAGUAGAACGCGAUCAAGAGUUCCAGCGUGCACAAGCCACUCGCUGGCAAUCUAAGAGCGAUGGUAAAAGCGGUGACGCGGACGAGCACACCUCUCUCAACAGCGAGCUUUCCGCUCGCGAGAAGGCCGAGCGCCGCGAAUCCCAGCGCCUGGAAGACGAAGAUCGUCACCGCUCACAGGCCUACCACGACGGCGGCAUCGAGCUCAAGCAAUUCGAAAGCAGCGGCAAGAAUACGCCCCGCAUUAGCGAGUCCCCUGAACGCAUGCGCCGUCCCAAGUGGGCCGACCGCUCACGCUCACAAUCCCACCACAAAGGCGACAAGUCGCACAGCCACUCCUCGCACGACUUCGCUCACAGAUCGAACCCCAGCACCCCGAAGAAGAACAAGAAGCAGCACGUCAGCCCCCUUGACGCUGUGACCAACGCUCUCAAAGCCGGCGUCGACGAUCUCGGCCGCCCCAUUCGCGACAUCGAGUCUCAGACCCUCCCUACCGCAAACCUCUUCGACAACAUUGACGACCAGCUCGAAGACAUCGAGCCCGAGGCCCGCCAGAAGCUGAUUAAGCGCAGUUUCCAGCAUCCUGCCACACGCGCUAUUCAACCUGCGAUCUGGAUCCCGCAUGACGAGCUGGGCAUAGCGGCGGAUGAGAUCGGACGCACGGGGCAAUUCAGUAGGAAGAUCUGGAUUACGAGUGUGAAUGCGAGGUUGGAUGCGAGUGGGCAUGUGCUGUAUAGGGGGAUUGCCGCCGGAUCGGGAUCCGUUCGAGAACAUUGA